UUCCGGGAGACGCGUUGGCAAUUUCCUAAACACAGCUCGUCAACCCAGUUUAGUACCGACUCAACCGAGGCCGGGGCCACAGGAGAGGUGUGUUUGUUGGAUGUAACACCGGCUAGAGGACGCCCCGCUAAAACAGGAACCAGUUGGACUUCAAUUUGACAUGAGCAGGGUGCCCUGAAAUGGACACAGAGAUGAUUCCUAAAUUUUCGUCAAAGGAUGAGGAAGCUGAUUACUGGAAAACCCAGGCCCUCAAGUACAAGAAAUGUUACCAGGAAGCCCAGGAGGAGCUGCAGGAGUUUCAGGAAGGGAGUCGGGAGCUGGAGGCGGAGUUAGAGGCCCAGCUGGGACAGGCCGAACACAGACUGAGAGACCUGCAGACCGAGAACGAGAGGCUGAAGAACGAGGUGUCCAACCUGAAGGAGAAGCUGGAGCAGCAGUAUGCGCAGAGUUACAAACAGAUUUCCAUGCUCGAGGAUGAUCUGGGUCAGACACGCAGCAUCAAGGAACAGCUCCACAAAUAUGUCCGGGAGCUGGAACAGGCCAACGAUGACCUAGAGAGAGCUAAAAGGGCAACAAUAGUGUCUCUAGAGGACUUCGAGGGUCGUUUGAACCAGGCCAUUGAGAGAAAUGCCUUCCUGGAGAGUGAACUGGAUGAGAAGGAGUCUCUUCUCGUGUCCGUGCAGCGUCUGAAAGAUGAAGCGCGAGACCUGAGGCAGGAGCUGGCAGUGCGGGAGAGGACCACGGACCGGAUGUCAGCGCCCAGCUCCCCCACUUUAGACACCGACAAAAUGGACUCUGCAGUACAGGCUUCUUUAUCCCUGCCAGCCACUCCUGUAGGAAAGAACAUAGAGCUCCCCUUCAUCAGCCCGAAAGCGUUGACCAACGGCUGCGGAAACUCAUCCCUGACUCCUUCUGCCAGGAUUUCAGCUCUGAACAUCGUCGGGGAUCUCUUGAGGAAAGUUGGGGCUUUGGAGUCCAAACUGGCCGCCUGUAGGAACUUCGCCAAAGACCAAGCUGCGAGAAAAAAUUACUCCACCGACAACGGCACACUCAUCAACAGCAACGCUACCAAGUUCUCUCACUCCAUACACACCACUUACUUCGACAAAACGACCGUUAACGGACUGGACCCGAGCCCUUUGACCUCCAUGGCUACGACUAGAGCUGUGCCUCAACCCGGCAUGCUGCCUCUGAGCGUGUGAGGCGCCACCCCACCCCCACCUCCACCUCCACCUCCACCCCACCACUCAAACCUCAACUUAAUCUACUAUCCAGCCAGCUUAACGUGGGAACAGAGAGGACUUGUGAACGACCGUUACAUUGUGCGAUAAGUGUGUGCGUACGAGAGAGAAAGGCAGCUUGAGAUGAAACAGUGUUCGUAUGCCCGUCGGAGAGCGUGGAUUUUUACUUGAUGUGUGCGGAUGAGACUUGACUGUACAAUAUUAACAUUUCUCCGGUUCGCAGCUCCGGACGCAUCCGUGUGUAGGCGCGUGCGUUCCUACGGCGUCCUGCAUGUGCCUAAAGCUGUCACGUACCGUGCUUUGUUAUGAAACGUGUCCAGACGUCGACCUUAAAGAGGCACAGAUGCGUUCGUCCCAAAAACUACUAUCCCUGACAAAAGGUCCUCAAACAGACCACAGCGUUUCAGAAUGUACUCGUCUUUAAAAAGGGAUGCGUUUAUAUUGACUAAUUUAUCUCGAACAUGAUGCAAUAUUUGCUGUUUUGUUUUUCUUUUUUUUUUUUCUUGCAUGUGUGUGUAUAUAAUUUAAGAAUGAAGAGGUUCGGCGGGGCCUCGUAUUCCUGAGAAUGACUGAAGUGAAUGUUGAUCGUUCAAACGCCAUGUAGCCUGUUGUUUUUCUUUUUUUUUUUUUGUUUUUUUGUCGGGCUACUUGCUGUAAUUAUUUAAUGAUUUUCGGUUAAAGCUCAUAAUAAGUAUCAGCCGGUUCUGUCCUUCGAAGUUAAAGCUGCACUUAAACAGACUGCUCCAUUUGACGUUUUAACCCAUAAAGACCCAAACAUCUACCGUCGUCCAAAACCAUCUACUGAU